AGUUGGCCACCAAGUCUGUAACAUAAGUAACUAACAGUAAGCAGACAAGGUCGGACAAACUGAGAAACUCGUUUUACGGAAACCUUAGAGAAGAGCACUCUGGCUCUAAUUAAAGCAGCACUGACUGGGUUUCACUAAAGGGGAACGGAAGGGCAGGCUGAAGUGAACCAUGACCGGGAAUCCGGUGUUGUCGGGAUGAGGCAGGCGCACAGGCGUGUAUAUUAAGGGGGUUGGCCUGUUGCUUUGCUGCUCUAAAGUGCGUAUCUGUUGUGUCUUCCCGGCAAAGGCAGCUGGAGGUUCAAUGGCAGACAGGCGGACUAGAAGUAUGACCGGCUCGGAUCAGAGCAGGACCACGGCGGCCCGGGCUACUGCUAUAGCCGAGCAGCUGCACUACGAAUGCUCCAUCUUAUUGGAACUUUAUAGAGAGAAGGAGAGUUUCAAUGCAGAUAUUACGGUGGCUGAUGGCCGUCUGGUGUCCGUCCCGCCUCCUUCAUCCCAACUGGACACCAGGGACAAGCUGUGGCGCCUCCACUCUGCUCUGCUACAGUGCCGCAGCUUGCUGGAGAGAGCCAUCGCCAAAGAGGAAGAGGAGCUGGGUGGUGGGAAGAAGGGUGACUAUGAGACCCAGAGGAAGAUGGUGAAGGAGAGACUCUCCCUUCUCUUAGUCAACACUGGAGAACUUCUCAAAGCUGUAGACGGCACGGCAGUCCUGACUCCCAAUUUGGAGGGAUUGGAGUUAGACGGUCCGACCAUUCUGUUUGAGCUGAAGCUUUGGGUUUACCGGAUCUUCAAAGAGGUGGACUACUGGACCAAGACGGCCAUCACCACCUUGCAAGGCCUGCCUUCGGUGAUAGCCAAGGAGCGCACGAGGACCACACGAGUUAGGAGCACGAGAAGCACGCGGAGAUGAGAAGGAGAUGUGAGAAGUGUGUGUGGGAGAAGAGGAAUAAUGAGAGAGAGAACAAAAGGAUUGAAAUGGAGAGAUAGGUAAGAGGGUGAAGGGAUGAAAGGGAUGAGAAGAUAAGAGUGGCAGAAAGAGUUCAGCUGGGGAUGAGUGAGAAACUGGCUGAUACAGAGAGAAAAGAAAGAGAUGAGUGAUACUAGCCAGCUGAGAGAGAGGAGACACAGAUCCCUACUGACACAGGGAGAUGAGUGUGUUGGGUUAUUUUUAGGGCAUGAAGCCCCCCACACAUGAACAGAGGCCUCAGACAGAGUCUCUAACCAUGUUCAUCAGAGCUGAUAACAACAUCUGUUUGAACAAGUUUAAAUUAAGUAUGGCAGUGUCUAAUACAUCUAUAAAUAUAUUCUUUCCAUUGUAUGAUGAAAUCUAACAAUCAUCUGGAUUCAGAGUUUCUUUCUUUCUUUGACAUUUUGGUUUUGAGGAAACAAAACACGAUUGUGACUUUUUUCACCAGCUAACACCUAACUCACAGUCAUGAUUUUCUUCGUGUAUGCCUUACUGCUUUGAUGCAGCUGAAGUUAUUAUUUAAGAUAUAUACUUCCAAGGUCCACUGCGGCUGACAGUCAGCAAGGAGCACAUUCUGAUGAAAAUGAGAACAUUUGAAUUCAUACCGUCACCAGACUGUAGCUCUGAUAUGUGUGGUUUUGAAUACUUUGGCUUUAAAUCAUUCCAGAUGGAUUAUUACCUGGGGAUAUUCACUUGUAAGAAGGAAAAACAAUAUGUAACAGUACCCUCUAGUGUUUAAAUGUUGCUAUUACAUAACAUAUUCCUUCUUUUCUUUCUUGAUUUUCCCCAGUAAUCCUAAUUAUGUUAAAUUAUGUUGUGUUUUUAUGGGUUUUUGUUACAUUUUUAUGGCACUUUGUUAGCAAUGAAACCAUGUACAACUAUGUGACAGAGUUUAGGGAGCAAUAAGUGCAGUGCUACCGCAACAUCAAUGGUCCAAACUCAUGGGCAAAUGAAUGGGCACAGAAACGGGGAGUGUAGUGGAAAUAUAGUGUAAAUAGUAAAAGUCUGCAAACUUAAGUGAUAAAAGACUAUUUUAAUGAAAAGUUAUUUUCAUUAUAUUAUUAUUAUAGUUAGUUAUUCACAGCCCAGUAGGAGAGACACAAAAAUGGUGCCCUGCAUCACAGUGGUCAUUAUGAACAAAAGUUUUAAGACACGUUCUAUUUUGACUUGGUCCAAAUUAAGGUCAGCUGUAGGGAUUUGUGUCUGUGUGUAUUAUGUGAUCCAUUAUAUAUCUACUGGGUAGUUUCAGCUCGCACCGCAAUAAUCGACAUAUACUGUAGUUGAUAAGUUAACUUGUAGUAGAUUGGCUAAAUUGUGAUGAUGUAAACUAAUCAAAAGUGGCCCUCCCAGGUCACUCUGUCACUCUAACUUGUGCUGUAGUACUAAUUAAAUUAGCAACAGCCGUAGACUCAGAUUGUCUUCAAUGAUGCAUGACGCUUUGGGACAAAAAAAGAGAAGAUACUGUGAAUGGGACUGAAUCCUAUGUAGAAUAGUCUUGCCUGGAUAACCAGUAAGAUCCACGAUAAUGUGGAGCACAGAACAAAUAAUGGUGUAAUGGAGGAGUGAGUUACUAUGUAAACGGACACGUGCAGUGUUUUCAUUUUUAGUAUGAGGGGACCAUAUGACAUUUAAACUCUGUUUAAGUUGAGGGCUGCAGAUUUUAUUUAUUGAAUGUUUGCCUUGUUACAUUCUGUAGGUUGGUAAACUGUUGUUAGGUGCACUGGAAGUAUAAACAAACCUAUGUGAUAUUUGAGUGAAACAGGAUAGUCCAUACUGUUUUCAGGCUUCUGAAAAGUGGAUGUUGUUACUGGAAGGAAACAUAAAUGUAUUUAGUCAUUUGAUCUGAGUCACCAUCAAUAAUUUCAGAUUAAAUUUGAUCCAUGAGAAAAUAAGAGCUACUAUACAUGUGCAAAAGUUCACUCCAUCUGUUAUAAAUGCACUAAAUGAAAAUUGAAAAUACAUCAUGUGGCACAAAUUCAUCCUAAAUAUAUAACAAUGCAUUGGAAUGCAGUACUUUUUAAUAUGAUAAACUGUAAAUGCAAUACAUGUAUUGCAUUUGCUGUUCUGUACAUGAUCUUUUUCAUCUACUCUGAUCAUAAACUAUCUGCUGGACUCCACCGUGCAGAAAUAUCCCUUUUUUUUUUUUUUCCAAAAGGAUUUUUCGGCUCUGUUCUCUAUUAUGAGUUGGUUGAUUUGCCGGCCUGGUGGGCCCCAGAUCAAGAACAGCCAAAGAAAAGAGAACUUAAACCAAAUUUAGUUAUGCCACCAAGUUCCCUCUCUUUUGACCUCUGGUGUAGAGCGAUCUAGCUGUAGACAAAUGGCUCACAGCACAAAGAGAGGAUUAGGUUACCAUCAUGUCUGUCUAUAAGCAGCAAUCAUACAGUAGGAAAAGGCCACACUCAUUAGAGUUGUCAGCUUUAUCAUAAAGAAUGUAUGAUUAACCCUCUUUAUCCCUGAUGGUCAAUCAAAUGUAUUGAUUUACUUGUGAUAUGUUUCAGUGUCAUUGCCGUUUAUCUUUGGAGUUUAUGUGAAAGCAACAAUAAUACCUAUCCCGCAAAUGUGGCUUUAUCUGUGUAAUGACCUGCUUGUGCCUUUCUGGAUACAAUUAUGGCCCUGGAUAAAAUGUUCACAUAAGAGAGACAAGACACCAAAGCUAAAUUUAAUCUGUGGGUUUACAAAUUUGUUUUCUAUUUCCUUUUAUCACUAUAGUCAAAAAAGUUUAUUUGUGACUACAGUGUCUUACAAUGUCUCACAUUUAAUCUAUCUUUUGGAACAGAAACCAUCCUCCCUUGAGCUUUUAUAGUAUAGCCCCUUUCAGGCAUGAAAUCUGUUACAUUGCUGGGUUCAUCUGUCUGUUAAAGUACCGGCUUUCUGGCUUUCAAACACACAGCAGGCCUCAUUUGACUCUGUUUACACAUGAGAAGACAUAUAUGGAUAAGCAAUGCUUGCCUGAUAUUUGGCAUCAGGGAUUUGGCAGUGUACAUCAACAAUUAUUUUCAUAAUUACUUAUUACCAAUUAUUUUCUCGAUUGAUUGAUGACUUGUUUUGUCUACAAAAUGUUUAACAUCAUUAAAGACUACAAAUGCAGCAGAUAAUCAUAUUUUAGAACCUUGGAACAAGUGUGAAGUUUUGGCAGCGUGUUCGCUGAAAAAUGACUUAAAGAAGCAAUUGAUCAUAAAUUUUAAUUAAGUUGUCUGUUUCAAGUUGUUUCUUCAGCUCAGCAAUGUUGCAAGUUGUGGACAUUGUGUGUGGAAAAAGACAGUUUACUGCAACAUGCUGCUAACCUCUUUAGUUAUCUUGUUAGCAGAGUGGACGGACACUUUUCUGAUUUCAGCUUCGGACUAGCUUCCAGAAUAUUUAAAAAAAAAAACAGCUUUUGUAGUUAGCAGGAUUGUCUCACAAGUCAGAUUUGCUGGUUAAGAAUAUCCUCUGUGAUCAAAGUGUAGCACUCUAAGCUUUGUUCCUACUCUCUCAUGAUUGAUUGCACAAUACACUCAAAAUUGUCAUACGUAUAAACACUGUAAUCUUGAGUUUGGCUUUACUGUCAAUGUUUUAUUCCAACUUGAGCCAUGGAGAAGAAAAUGUCACAGAAAUGUUGCUGAGUAAACGAUUCAGACUGUUUUCAAACUUAAUGCCAACAUGUGAAAUUGGCAGAGCAUUUACGUCUUACUCAUUAUCUUAUGUCUAAAAGGGGCCUAAAACAAGUCAAACACAGACUAGCGCUUAAACACUGACCUUAUUAUUUUCAGUGACAUAUUGAAAAUAGCCAGGGCAACCAGGACACGUUUUUCCUUCUGACAUGGCAUCAUCUUAUUUUUAUUUAUGUUUUCAUUUAAGAACUAAAUGAUUACUUAUAAAAAAUAUAUUACAUUUAUUUUGAAUCAUGGAGAGGACAUCCGUUGGUGCAUUGUGAAUAAAAAAUCAAAGUAAUGUAUAGUCUUUUAUGUUUUUCUGAAACUUUGAUAUGGAAUAAAAACUUAUUUAUUAUUGAUUGGAUUCCUUGGGGGGGGGUUUGAGUGGGUUGAAAUAAAUUGAUCCUGGCUAUACUUUGAA